GGCGAGGGAGAGGCGGCGAGGGAUGACAGCGCCUCCCUCUCAGCACUCAAGCGCUUGGAGCGCAGCCAGCGCACGGAUAAGAUCGAUGCGCAGUUUGGGUUCGAGAGGGUGAAGGAACCUGGAGAAAGGACCGGCUGGCUGAUCAACAUGCACCCUACAGAGAUUUUGGAUGACGAUAAAUGUUUGAUUAGUGCUGUGGAUUACUAUUUCAUUUCAUUCAAUGGAGGCAGGUUUAAGGUGGCCUUGCCCUAUAAGCCAUACUUCUACAUUGCAACCCAGAAGGGUUGCGACCGAGAAGUCUCGUCCUUCCUGUCUAAGAAAUUCCAGGGCAAAAUUGCAAAGCUGGAGACUGUCCCGAAAGAGGAUCUGGACCUGCCAAAUCACCUGGUGGGGCUGAAGCGAAACUACAUCAAGCUCUCCUUCCACACCGUGGACGACCUGGUGAAAGUGCGCAGGGAUCCUGUCGUUCUGGCCUUUGAUAUUGAGACCACCAAGCUUCCUUUGAAAUUUCCUGAUGCAGAAACGGACCAGAUCAUGAUGAUCUCCUACAUGAUUGACGGCCAGGGUUACUUGAUUACAAACAGGGAGAUCGUCUCAGAAGACAUUGAAGAUUUCGAGUUUACUCCCAAACCAGAAUACGAAGGUCCCUUUUGUGUCUUUAAUGAACCAGAUGAGGCCCAUCUUCUCCAGCGGUGGUUUGAACAUGUUCAAGAAACCAAGCCGACUAUCAUGGUGACCUAUAACGGAGACUUCUUUGACUGGCCCUUUGUGGAAGCCCGGGCGGCGGUUCAUGGACUGAAUAUGCAGCAAGAGAUUGGAUUCCAGAAGGACAGCCAAGGGGAAUACAAGUCCUCCCAGUGCAUCCACAUGGAUUGUCUCAGGUGGGUCAAGAGAGACAGUUACCUCCCGGUGGGAAGCCACAACCUGAAGGCAGCGGCCAAAGCAAAGCUGGGCUACGACCCCGUGGAGCUGGACCCUGAAGAGAUGUGCCGGAUGGCUACGGAGGAGCCUCAGACUCUGGCCACCUAUUCAGUGUCCGACGCCGUUGCCACCUAUUACAUGUACAUGAAGUACGUCCACCCCUUCAUCUUUGCCUUGUGCACCAUCAUUCCCAUGGAGCCGGAUGAGCCUUCAGCGGUGGUGGAUGAGGCCACAUGUGCGGCCUGUGACUUUAACAGGCCCGGUGCCAACUGUCAGCGGAGGAUGACGUGGCAGUGGAGAGGAGAAUUCAUGCCAGCAAGUCGGAGUGAAUACCACCGUAUCCAGCAGCAACUGGAGUCGGAGAAGUUCCCCCCUCUCUUCCCGGAGGGGCCACCCCGGGCCUUCCAUGAGCUCUCCCGGGAAGAGCAGGCGAAAUACGAAAAGAAGCGGCUGGCCGAUUACUGCCGCAAAGCUUACAAGAAGGUCCACGUGACGAAAGUGGAAGAGCGCAUCACCACCAUCUGCCAGCGGGAAAACUCCUUCUACGUGGACACCGUGCGCGCCUUUCGGGACCGACGCUAUGAGUUUAAAGGGCUCCAUAAGGUGUGGAAGAAGAAGCUGGCAGCCGCCGUGGAAGUGGGUGAUGCCUCUGAGGUGAAGCGCUGCAAGAACAUGGAGAUCUUGUACGACUCCCUGCAGCUGGCACAUAAAUGCAUCCUUAACUCUUUCUACGGCUACGUCAUGCGCAAAGGAGCUCGGUGGUACUCCAUGGAGAUGGCUGGGAUCGUCUGCUUCACGGGCGCAAACAUCAUCACCCAGGCCAGGGAGCUGAUAGAGCAGAUUGGGAGACCUCUGGAGCUGGACACGGAUGGCAUCUGGUGUGUGCUUCCGAACAGCUUCCCGGAGAACUUUGUGGUCAAGUCGACCAACGCCAAGAAGCCCAAAGUGACCAUCUCCUACCCGGGGGCCAUGUUGAACAUCAUGGUGAAGGAAGGGUUUACAAACGAUCAGUACCAGGAGCUGGUGGACCCAGCCACGCUCAAAUACGUCUGCCGCUCGGAGAACAGCAUCUUUUUCGAAGUGGACGGCCCGUACUUGGCCAUGAUUCUUCCUGCCUCCAAGGAGGAAGGCAAGAAGCUGAAGAAAAGGUAUGCCGUGUUUAACGAAGACGGCUCUCUCGCGGAGCUGAAGGGGUUUGAGGUCAAGCGGCGCGGGGAGCUGCAGCUGGUGAAGAUCUUCCAGUCCUCGGUCUUCGAGGCCUUCCUGAAAGGCACCACUUUGGAGGAAGUCUACGCUUCGGUGGCCAAGGUGGCCGACUACUGGCUGGAUGUACUUUUCAGCAAGGCCGCCAACAUGCCUGACUCGGAACUCUUUGAGCUGAUCUCUGAGAACCGAUCCAUGUCUCGCAAACUGGAGGAUUACGGAGAGCAGAAAUCCACGUCCAUCAGCACCGCCAAGCGCCUGGCGGAGUUUCUCGGGGACCAGAUGGUGAAGGAUGCGGGCCUGAGCUGCCGAUUCAUCAUCUCCAAGAAGCCAGAAGGCUCCCCAGUGACAGAGAGAGCGAUCCCACUGGCCAUUUUCCAGGCCGAGCUCUCGGUCCGCAGGCACUAUCUCCGGAAGUGGCUCAAGAGCCCGGCUCUGCAGGACUUUGACAUCCGCACGAUCCUGGACUGGGACUAUUACAUCGAGCGACUGGGAAGCACCAUCCAGAAAAUUAUCACCAUUCCAGCAGCGUUGCAGCAGGUGAAGAACCCGGUUCCUCGCGUCCCCCACCCAGACUGGCUGCACAAGAAGCUCCUGGAGAAGAACGACGUGUACAAGCAGAAGAAGAUCAGCGAGAUGUUCACGAGCGAGGGCAAGCGGAAGGUCUCCGCUACUCUGCCCCAAGAGGGCAGCACCCCCUGCACGCAGAUCACCGACAUGGAGGAUUUGGGGAUCACGAAGCCUCCCCAGCCGGGGGUCCCCAUGUCUACCAAGCGUAAACGCAUCCCCACUGCCGAGGACAGCCAGCAGGAGUCACAAAAUCAGGAGCUCACGCAGUCCUGGAGGGAGAUCCUGGGGUUGCCGCCACCCGUGGGCACCACCAAGGAGGAGCGGUUAGCUUGGCUGUGCUUCCACAAGAAGAAGUGGGAACUCCAAGCCCGUCAGCGCCAAGAGCGCCGGAAGAGGCGGCGGCUGGCGGACGGCGAGGUGGUCCUAGGCGGGGGCCUGAUCCGGGCCGGCCCCUCGAAGGGCCUCGGCAACUACCUGCGCAGGACGGCCCGCAGCAUCCUUGACCUGCCUUGGCAGGUUGUCCAGAUUGCGGAGACCAGCCAGCUGGGCCUCUUCAAGCUGUGGGCUGUGAUCGGGAAUGACCUUCACUGCCUCAAACUGAACAUCUCGAGAGUCUUCUGCGUCAACCAGCGUGUCCCGAAACCCGAAGACAGCACGGUGUAUAGGAAGGUGAACAGGAUCCUCCCUCGCGCCAACUUGGUUUACAACCUUUACGAAUACUCUGUGCCGGAAGAGAUGUAUCAGGAGCACAUCAACGAGAUUAAUGCCAGUCUCUCGGCCCCCGACAUUGAGGGCGUGUAUGAGACACAGGUGCCGUUGCUGCUGCGGGCCUUGAUCCGCCUGGGCUGCGUCUGUAUGGUCAACAGGCAUCUGGUGAGGCACCUUGCAGGCCGAGAGGCCGAGACCUUUGACCUGGAGCACCUCGAGAUGCGCUCGCUGGCACAGUUCAGCUACCUGGAGCCAGGCAGCAUCCGCCACCUCUACCUUUAUCACCACUCGCAAGGCCACAAGGCCCUCUUCGGCCUCUUCCUUCCAUCCCAGCGCAAAGCAGCCGUCUUCGUCCUUGACACGGUGCGUAGCAACCAGAUGCCCAACCUCAGCAACAUGUAUUCAGCGGAGCACACGGCCAUGGUGGAGAAGGUGGGUCCGGAGCUGCUUCCGCCAGAGAAGCACACCUUUGAGGUGCGGGCGGAGACAGACCGCAAGACCAUCUACCGGGCGAUCCAGCGCCUCCUGCUGGCCUACAAGGAUGAGCGCCGGGGGCCCACCCUCAUUGCCGUGCAGUCCAACUGGGACGUGAAGCGGCUGGCCGGCGGGAUGCCCGUCCUGGAGGAGUUCCCCCUCGUCCCCGUCCAGGUCACCGACGACAUCAACUACGGGGUCCUGGACUGGCAGCGCCACGCCGCCCGCCACAUGAUCCGCCGGUACCUCAACUUGGACACGUGCCUGUCCCAGGCCUUUGACAUGAGCAGGUACUACCACAUCCCCGUCGGGAACCUUCCGGACGACAUCUCCAUCUUCGGCACAGACCUCUUUUUCUCCCGCCACCUCCAUCGGCACAACCACCUCCUCUGGCUUUCUCCCACCUCCCGGCCGGACCUGGGGGGCAGGGAGGCCGACGACAGCCGCCUGGUCAUGGAGUUUGACGAGAGGGUCUCGGUCGAGAUCAACCACCCGGGCUGCUAUUCCACAGUCUGCGUGGAGCUGGACCUCCAGAGCCUGGCUGUGAACACCAUCCUGCAGUCCCACCACGUCAACGACAUGGAGGGCGCCUCUAGCGUGUGCGUCAGCUUCGACGCGAUCCAGCAAGCGUCGCUGGAGGACAUGGUGACCGGGAACCAGGCAGCCAGCCUCCCGGCCAGCUACGACGAGACUGCCCUCUGCUCCAACACGUUCAGGAUCUUGAAGAGCAUGGUGGUCGGCUGGGUGAAGGAGAUCACGCAGUACCGCAACGUCUACGCUGACAACCAGGUGAUCCACUUCUACCGAUGGCUGCGCUCCCCGACCUCCCUCCUCUACGAUCCGGCCCUGCACCGCAUGCUCCACAACAUGAUGAAGAAGCUCUUCCUCCAGCUGGUGGCAGAGUUCAAGCGGCUGGGCUCUUCGGUGGUUUACGCCAACUUCAACCGCAUCAUCCUGUGCACCAAGAAGCGGCGCAUCGAGGACGCCCUCGCCUAUGUGGAGUACAUCACCAACAGCAUCCAUUCCAAAGAGAUUUUCCACUCUUUGACCAUUUCAUUCUCCCGUUGCUGGGAGUUCUUGCUCUGGAUGGACCCAGCCAACUACGGGGGGAUCAGAGGCAAAGUGCCCUCCCGGAUCCACUGCGGCGAGGAGGUAAAUGGCAAACAGGGAGCAGAGGCAGAAGACAGCGAGGAAGAGGAGAAGGAGGAGGAAGACGAAGGCAAGGAAGAAGGGGAAGCAGAAGAUGGGGUGGAGGAGCAACUGGAGAACUGCUGGAACAUCAUGCAAUACCUGCCCCAGGCGGCCUCCUGUCAGAACUACUUCCUCAUGAUUGUGUCAGCCUACGUCGUUGCCGUCUACCACAGGAUGAAGGAGGAGCUGCGGCGCAACGGUGUCGGAAGCACCCCCAUCAAGCGGCGGACCAACAGCCAGGCGUCCCAGGAGGCUGUCGAGAAAACGGGGGCCAUGGCCGGUGUGAUCACCUUCUCCCAAGACUACGUCUCCAACGAGCUGACCCAGAGCUUCUUCACCAUCACCCAGAAGAUCCAGAAGAAAGUGAGCGGCUCGCGACGGACCACGGAGCCGUCGGAGAUGUUCCCGGUCUUGCCUGGGUCAUACCUGGUGCUGAACAACCCCGCCCUGGAGUUUGUGAAGUACGUCUGCAAGGUGUUGUCUCUGGACCCCAACAUCACCAACCAGGUGAGCAAGCUGAAACGGGACCUCCUCCGGCUGAUCGACGUGGGGGAGUUCUCGGACGAGGCCCAGUUUCGGGAUCCCUGUCGCUCCUACGUCCUCCCGGAGAUGAUCUGCAAGAACUGCAACUUUUGCCGAGACCUGGAUCUCUGCAAGGACCCGGUCUUCUCCCAGGACGGCUCGGUGCUGCCCAACUGGGUCUGCUCCAGCUGCCAGGCCCAGUACGACUCGGAGGCCAUCGAGAUGGCUCUGGUGGAAGCCUUGCAGAAGAAGCUGAUGGCCUUCACCCUUCAGGAUCUGGUGUGCAAGAAGUGCAAAGGCGUCAAGGACACCCACAUGCCCCUCUACUGCAGCUGCGCCGGGGACUUUGACCUCCUGCUCCCCACCAAGACCUUCCUGGAGCACUUGAAGGUCUUCCAGAGCAUCGCCCAGCACUACAACAUGGCCUACCUACUGGAGAACAUCACCUGGCUGCUUCAGAUGAACCCUCGCCUGGUCCUGUGAGAGGAUCCCCUGCACGAUCCGGCGGGGCUCCUGCUGCAGCCGAGAGGCCAGGCCGCACGGCACCCUUGGCCGCACGGCCUCCUCUCCCUGCCCCCCCCCCUCCGUCUAGGGCCCUGGGGUCCUGAGCUGCUCUCACGGCCUGCUUCAGGUCGGGCUUCGCCCAGAGACGAACGUGGUUCCAGACCCAUGUGUCUGUCAGCGGAAAGCGCAGGCCCGGGGCCUUCUACUGAGUGACUUCUGGGAGGUGUAGCGCCUCUAAGAGAGGGCCAGUCUCCGGAAGCCUUCCUGGGAGCAGAUGGAGCCGUGGGAACGCAACACCGGUGCUGCUUCCGUGCCCUUUCCUGAUGGGCCCUGGGAGCAAGGCCUUGAAUCGUGGGGCUGUUUUUCUGCCUAAGUUUUAAUCUCUUUUUUU